AUGCUCAGUUCGUCUCACAUCAGUGGGUCCCGAAAUGCGAGGGAAGAAGGAGCCGAUGUUGAAGCGAUGAAACGCCUCCAAAGAAUGGCCAAGUUGCCAUUCCAAGUGGUAAAGCUCCUUCCAGAACUUCUUCUAAUGUCUAUAAGAAAGAGGAAGAAGCCGCAGAAGUUGCUCAGAGCGAAGGACCGUAUCUUUGCGGUGGUGUUUGCGGCUAAGAGAAGCAAAAUUCUUUUCCUGGCACCAUUUUCGUUCUUCAGGACUAAGUUGGGCUAG